AUGAUACUCUUCGACCCUGGAAAUAGUACUUAUCUUUCAUGUUUCCCACUUCUGGAUUCGACUUGGUUUGACUCUUCUGUACAGAUCGAAGAACAAAAUCUCCCAAAUUACUACCCUGAUGGGUACUACCUAGUGCGACUAGGAGGGGUCCUCAAUCAUAGCCCGCUUGGGAUCAGUUCUAGCAAACCUAUGCAGUGGAUUCCUGGCCAGGCGAUGACCCUCGAAGAUUUAAAACCGUGUAUCCGCCAGCUGCUUGUCAUAUUGGACUUUCUGCACUCCGAGGCCAAUGUGAUCCACACAGAUCUUCAACUCAAAAAUCUCCUUCUCCCGGUACCUGACCAACAGACGCUGUCCUCUUUUGAAGAGGCAGCACUAAAAGCACCAGCCGCUAGGAAGGAGCACGAUGAAGAUAUUAUGCCGAAUGUUUAUCGCUCUCCCGAGGUUAUACUCAAGAUGAAGUGGGCUACAAAGUUGAUAUAUGGAAUAUUGCCAUGGUUGUACGCAUGGGAUAUCGUCUGCCCUCAUACUCUCUUCGACGGUAGAAAUUUUGACGGCAUCUUCAAUGACCGCGUCCAUCUAGCAGAGUUAAUUGCGCUUCCAGGCCCUCCACCACAUGAAUUUUGCCAAAAGAGCAAAGUCAGUUCGGUUUUCUGGAACGAGCCUGGAAACUGGACUCAGUCAGUACCUCUCCCUAAUACAAGCCUAGAAUGCCUAGCUGUCAAAGUCCGGGGGGCCUACAAGCGGGGCUUCUUGCGAUGGCUUCGCACAGCUUUGCAGCGGAAUCCAGCAGAUAGACCUACAGCUUUGGAGUUCAUUUACGGUGAGUGGAUGAUGAAGGAGCUUAACCUACGGGGUUCCAAGCCAGUCAAAGAAAGGGACAACUAA